UACUGAGUGCAGUGCAGAGUGCUGCUGCAAGCACAGCGCCUGCUCUCUCCAAGUUCACAGUCAGCCGCAAAGAUGUUGCGAGACUGCACAGUGCAGCCUCUACUCACUGAUUUCUAUCAGUUCACUAUGGCCUACGCAUAUUGGAAAUGUGGGAAAGAGGAGACAAACGCUGUGUUCGAGUUAUACUUCAGAGAAAACCCCCUGGGCGGGGAGUUCACCAUUUUCGCUGGCCUCCAGGAUUGUCUGCUGUUUCUCUCAAAAUUCCAGUUAACUGAGGAAGAUGUCAAGUAUCUGCAGUCUGUGCUCCCCCCUACAACAGAACAAGGUUUUUACGAUUACCUGCGCAACAUCAACACAUCAACAGUCACCCUGAGAGCCAUGCCUGAGGGAUCAGUCGUCUUUCCAAAGGUCGCUUUGUUGGAAGUUGAGGGGCCUCUGGCUAUUGUUCAGAUUCUCGAGACCCCACUGCUCACUUUGGUGAACUAUGCCAGCCUCGUGGCCACCAACGCUGCCAGAUUCAGACUCGCGGCUGGAUCAGGGAAACGUCUCCUGGAGAUGGGCUUGAGGAGGGCGCAAGGUCCAGAUGGUGGGGUCUCAGCCUCGAAGUACUCGUACAUAGGAGGAUUCGAUGGCACAAGCAACGUCCUAGCUGGGAAGCUCUAUGGGAUUCCAUUGUUUGGAUCCAUGGCGCAUUCUUACGUCACUUCCUUCAUAUCAAUGUCUGAGGUCAAGGUUCAGACCCUGAAACCUGCGUCUGGGGGACAGCCUGCAGUGGAUUUUGUUUCUCUGUGUGAGAAGUGGCUCGUUCGGGUCUGCCGCCUUCUGCACAUGUCUCAGGAUCAAAUCAAUUCCUCCGAGUUGGCAGCCUUCAUCUCCUACGCCGUGACGUAUCCGGGCAACUUCAUCGCCCUGGUCGACACGUACAAUGUGAUGAGGAGUGGAGUUCCCAACUUCUGUGCUGUGUCCUUGGCUCUGCACGAGAUGGGGUACAGAACUCACGGACUGCGGCUAGACAGUGGAGACCUGGUGCAGCAGUCCUUAAAGAUUCGCCACACACUACAGGCCUGUGCUGAGGAAUUCAAAGUUUCCUGGUUUUCAGAUAUACCCAUUAUCAUCAGCAAUGGCAUCAGUGAAAAAGAUCUCAUAAACUUACAGAACCAGAGGCAUGAAGUUGAUUCAAUUGGUGUGGGAACAAAUCUGGUUACUUGCCCACUACAGCCGUCCUUGGGUUGUGUGUAUAAGCUGACACAGGUCUGUGGGAAAGCCCGGAUCAAACUGACUGAGGAUAAGGAGAAAAUGACUCUCCCUGGAAAGAAGACAGCUUACAGACUGUACGGCCUUGACGGAAGUCCCUUCCUCGACCUCCUGACGCUGGGUGAUGAACCUGCCCCGAGGGCUGGUGAGGAAAUUCGCUGUCAUGUGCUGAACAGAAGGGACGACUGUCUCCAGGUGACAGCGGCCAGAGUGGAGACCCUUCACCGGGUUUACUAUCAACAUGGCCAGAUUUCCGAGGGCUUGUGUACAUCAUCAGAGAUCAAGAGCCAUGCCCAGAACUCCCUGACCAACCUCCAUCCAAAGCACAAGCAUCUUCAGGACCCUGUUCCUUACCAGGUUGCUAUUUCACUGAAACUUUGUGACCUCCUGAACGACCUCACAAAAGAGAGCAAACCAGUCUCUGAGGCCCCGAAUGAGCCAAUUGCUUCUCAGCUCCCUGUAGAUGUCAAUGGCCUUUAAGAAACACUGCAGAACCGGACCCUGAAAAAUAGCCACAAACUUCCUGAACAACGUGUGGCUUUUUAUGAUAACUAUGCUUCCAACCGUAGUCUUUUUAGUCAACCCCCCUGCCUAGCACCCCACCCUCCGCCCAUCAACCCCACCCUCUGCCUGCCAACCCCCACUACUCCGCGCGUCAUCCUCCCCCCUCUGCCCAUCAUCCUCCUGACCCCUCCCCCCGUCAUCCUCCCCCCUCCGCCUAUCAUCCUCCCCCCCUCUCCGCCCAGAUCUGCUCCAGGAGGUACUUCAAUUCUCCAGUUGACAUCUCCAGAAGCCGCCAAAUGGACAGCCAAACUAGACAUCCUUUUAGAAGCAUAUUCCGCCAUCUGAAAGAGUCUGCAGUAAUAAUGGGUAGGGUAAUUCGUGGUUAGGUUAGUAAUUCAAAGUGUGUGGGUUCAAAUCUCCUCAUGGCAGUUUGAGGAUUUGAAUUCCAUUUCUUUUUGGAAAUAGAAACCCAGCGUCAGUAACACUGAUGACAAAGCUGUCAAACUGUCAUUAAAAGUCAAUUCAGAUAGAAGCAAAAUACUGCGGAUGCUGGAAAUCUGAAACAAAAACAGAAAAUGCUGGAAAGACUCAGCAGGUCUGACAGCAUCUGCGGAGAA